AUGGCCAGCUUCAUGGCCAAUCUAUUCCCCGGUGGGAAUCUGGACAAGACCGAUGCGCGCCCCGCCACGCCGACUCGAAACAACAACUUCAUCACCCCCGUCAGCACACCACAAGGCAGCCCCAGCAAGAGAACGGUACCCCCCGGCGCCAAUGAGCUCCCUGUUGCCCUGCAGGGCAUGAAGAUCAACCCGCCGCCCAGCGCAUUCGACACUCCCGUCAAGCUCAGCCGACCACAGAGCGUUGCGGCACCGCUUUCGCCAGGCAAGAAUAACCUGCAGAACCCGGAGGAGGGCUCUUCAUCAACAGUCGACGAUAGCAUACUUCGCAAGGGCGCUCCCCGGUCCGGCAGCCCGGUAAGGAAUCAGAACCAGAACCAGAACCACGGCCAAGAAAACACCCCGCCGGUGCUCCCUCGCGACCCAUUCACCGAGCCGACAUACCAGCCCAGCCAUGCCGCCGUGUCGCGCCAGGAACUGUACCAGCAGAGGGACCGGCCGCCGCCGACGGUACGCCGGUUCAACACAACCCGCGGCCUAACAGCGGAGGAGCGAGAGCUCUUAAAAAAGCCGGGCGUGAAGCGGCUGGUCAAUGUCACCCAGCUCUAUUUUCUCGACUACUACUUCGACCUCUUGACCUACGUCGGCUCACGACAGGGCCGGCUAAACGCAUUCCGGGAAGAAUACCCCGUGCCGCCGGAGACGGACGAAGAGACGUACAAUCAGAUGUGGUCCAAGUACACCGGCCGCGAACGCGCCAAUCUCCGCAAGAGGCGGGUGAGGUUGCGCCACGCGGACUUCCAGAUCCUGACCCAGGUCGGUCAGGGCGGAUACGGCCAGGUCUUCCUGGCCCAGAAGAAGGAUACAAAAGAAGUGUGCGCCCUCAAGGUCAUGAGCAAGAAGCUGCUCUUCAAGCUCGAUGAGGUUCGCCACGUAUUGACAGAGCGUGACAUUCUGACCACCGCCAAGAGUGAUUGGCUGGUCCGCCUACUCUACUCCUUCCAAGACGACAAGAAUAUUUAUCUUGCCAUGGAAUACGUGCCAGGCGGCGAUUUCCGCACCCUUCUCAACAACACCGGCGUGCUCUCCAACCGGCAUGCGCGCUUCUACAUUGCCGAGAUGUUCUGCUCUGUCGACGCACUCCAUCAACUAGGCUACAUUCACCGUGAUCUCAAGCCGGAGAAUUUCUUGGUCGAUUCGACGGGCCACGUCAAACUGACCGACUUUGGCCUAGCAGCCGGGUUCUUAGCGCCUGCUAAGAUUGAGUCUAUGAGGAUCCGCUUGGAAAAGGCGUCCGAGACCUCAGUCCCCUUCGGCAAGCCGAUGGAACAGCGCACGGUGGCGGAGCGCCGAGAGGGAUACCGCACCAUGCGCGAGAAGGAUGUCAACUACGCCAAGUCGAUUGUGGGCUCGCCGGAUUACAUGGCGCCGGAAGUUCUGCGGGGUGAGCAGUACGACUUUACGGUCGACUACUGGAGCUUGGGGUGCAUGCUUUUUGAGGCCCUGACGGGUUUCCCUCCUUUCGCGGGCGCGACGGCCGACGAGACGUGGCGCAACUUGAACCACUGGCGAGACGUGCUGAAGCGACCAGUGUGGGAGGAUCCGAAUUACUUCUUGAGCAACCGGACUUGGGGCUUCCUUACCACUUGUAUCAACUCACGGUCUAGGAGGUUUUCCAAUAUUAAGGACAUUUUCGCCCACCAAUACUUCGCCGAGGUAGACUGGGAGGUACUCCGCGACACCAAGCCGCCCUUUGUGCCCGAGCUGGACUCCGAGACGGACGCGGGCUACUUUGACGAUUUUAGCAACGAGGCCGACAUGGCCAAGUACAAGGAAGUGCACGAGAAGCAGCAGGCGCUGGAGACGAUGGCGGAGCGUGAUGACGAGAUGAGCAAGAGCCUGUUUGUCGGCUUCACUUUCCGCCACCGCAAGCCGACUACCGACGAGGGCACCCCGCGCAAGCCAAUUCCGUUUGAGGAUAACGCUUUUGGUACCAUGCUGUAG